AACGCAACUCUAGCAAUUGCUUGGGAAAAAUGGCAGAUUUCACAAAUUACGUUGGUUUCAUUGCUGAUACGCCAUCUACUGGAUAGUGGUUACAACGCCAGUGAUCGCCCAGUGUUCAAUGAGAACGAAACAGUGAAUAUCACGAUCAGUGCCAAUAGCCUCAGCUUAUUACGGAUGGACCAAGCGGAAGAGACUGCGACGUUUUCUGCAGAAUUCAUCCUCGAAUGGAAGGAUGCUUUUCUUAAAUGGAAUCCGAUGGAGCAUGGUGGACAGACAAGGGUGAAAAUCAAAGAAAUUCAAGUCUGGAGGCCAGAUGUGACCGUCUCAAGCAGUAUAGCCAAGGAGGUGCUUCUGGAAGCCAGCGAGCGUUAUUUGGACGUUUUCUAUGAUGGGACUGUAAGAAUGAGUGUUUAUGCUGUCUACAGGAAUCUUUGCAACAUGAAGGUCCGUACGUUGACAAUUUUCCCUUAUUCUCAAAUAUGUAUGAUCGAUAUUGGUCCAUGGUCUUACACUGACGAAGAGGUACACUAUUCCAGGAGAAAGCAUAGAAGCUGCACUGAAUGGGAUUUCGUGUCUCUCACCGCAUCCGAGAAGUACUCCACCGAUAGCGACGCAAACUUCCACUUCACUGAAACCAGAUUUCAGCUCUACGUGUCACGUCGUCCUCAGUUUUACGUAUGGGUGUUACUGAUUCCCACAUUCGUCAUAACUACCGUAUCCAUAUGUGGUUUGUUCAUCCCGACUAAUUCAUUGGGAGAUCGGGAAGAAAAGGUGAAUCUCGGUCUGACUACGUUACUCUCGUCUGCGGUCAUACUUGAAAUCGUUGCCAAUUCGAUGCCCAAAGCAUCCGCAUUUCCUCUUCUCGGGAACUUCAUUUUGGCAGAGAUAUUCGUCGUAGCUGCAGGAGUACUUUGUUCCGUCGUGACGUUGACAUUGCAUCACAGAGCCAAUACACGCCGAUGGAGACCCAAGCCAUGGAUGUUGAGGAUCCUUGGAAUGACGUCGAAUGUCACAGAAACUGCCGAACAUAUCAACUACACCAGGCGGCGACAAACGAAAAUAAUGAGUGACACCCUACUAAAUACCAUAUUUUUAAAAUACAAUUUCUCCUUGAAAAGAGCCCGAACACAGACAUACCAGAAUCGCUUACUCUGUAGCCGUUGA